AUGAAUUUUGAAGCAGCACCUUUCACCACCUUGCCAUACUACCCUGAUCCCUGCAUCCAGCGGUUUGUAGAAACUCCGAGCCCCUUCUCCUGGAAGGAGAGUUACUACCGGUCAGCCAUGUCCCAGAGCUCUCAGCCCAGGGAAUUCCUCAGCCCAGAGGUAAUCCAGCAUAUCUGGGACUUCCUGGAACAACCAAUAUGUUCAGUUCAGCCAAUCGAUUUAAACUUCAUCGAUGGCCCAUCUGAAGAUGGCUCCACAAACAAAAUUGAGAUCAGCAUGGAUUGUGUGCGGGUGCAGGACACCGAGCUGAAUGACCCAAUGUGGCCGCAGUACACGAACCUGGGGCUCCUGAACAGCAUGGACCAGCAGAUCCAGAAUGGCUCUUCCUCCACCAGCCCUUACAACACGGAGCAUGCGCAGAACAGCGUCACGGCCCCCUCGCCCUACGCCCAGCCCAGCUCGACUUUUGACGCCCUCUCUCCCUCCCCAGCCAUCCCUUCCAACACAGACUAUCCAGGACCUCACAGCUUCGAUGUAUCAUUUCAACAGUCCAGCACAGCAAAGUCAGCAACAUGGACGUAUUCCACCGAACUGAAAAAGCUGUACUGCCAGAUUGCCAAGACAUGUCCCAUCCAGAUCAAAGUGAUGACCCCACCACCUCAGGGAGCUGUCAUCAGGGCUAUGCCAGUCUACAAGAAAGCCGAACAUGUCACCGAAGUGGUCAAACGCUGCCCGAACCACGAGCUGAGCCGGGAGUUCAACGAGGGGCAGAUUGCACCUCCCAGCCACCUGAUCAGAGUGGAAGGGAACAGCCAUGCCCAGUAUGUAGAAGACCCCAUCACUGGGAGGCAGAGUGUGCUGGUCCCCUAUGAGCCACCCCAGGUCGGAACCGAAUUCACUACUGUCUUGUACAACUUCAUGUGCAACAGCAGCUGCGUUGGAGGGAUGAACCGCCGCCCGAUCCUUAUCAUUGUGACCCUGGAAACCAGAGACGGGCAAGUUUUGGGCCGCCGAUGUUUCGAAGCCCGUAUUUGUGCUUGCCCAGGCAGAGACCGCAAGGCAGACGAGGACAGCAUCCGCAAGCAGCAAGUGUCUGACAGCACAAAGAAUGGUGAUGGUACGAAGCGCCCUUUUCGACAAGGAACUCAUGGCAUACAGAUGACAUCUAUCAAAAAAAGACGUUCCCCAGAUGAUGAGCUCUUGUACUUGCCAGUGAGGGGGCGGGAGACAUAUGAAAUGCUGCUGAAGAUCAAAGAGUCCCUGGAGCUGAUGCAGUACCUUCCCCAGCACACGAUUGAGACCUACCGACAGCAGCAGCAGCAGCAACACCAGCACUUGCUCCAGAAGCAGACCUCCAUGCAGUCACAGUCCUCCUAUGGCUCCAACUCUCCACCACUCAGCAAAAUGAACAGCAUGAACAAGCUGCCCUCGGUCAGCCAGCUCAUCAACCCCCAGCAGCGCAAUGCCCUGACUCCAACCACCAUCCCUGACAGCAUGGGAACAAACAUUCCCAUGAUGGGCACCCACAUGGCCAUGACCGGGGAUAUGAAUGGCCUCAGUCCCACGCAGGCGCUGCCUCCUCCCCUCUCCAUGCCUUCAACGUCCCACUGCACCCCCCCUCCUCCAUACCCCUCAGACUGCAGCAUCGUCAGCUUCUUAGCGAGGUUGGGCUGCUCAUCCUGUGUGGAUUAUUUCACGACCCAGGGGCUGACCACCAUCUAUCAGAUUGAGCAUUACUCCAUGGAUGAUCUGGUGAGCCUUAAGAUCCCGGAGCAGUUCCGCCAUGCCAUCUGGAAGGGCAUCCUGGACCACCGGCAGCUCCAUGACUUCUCCUCCCCUCCCCACCUGCUGCGCACCCCCAGCGGCGCCUCCACGGUGAGCGUGGGCUCGAGCGAGACGCGCGGGGAGCGGGUCAUCGACGCCGUGCGCUUCACGCUGCGGCAAACCAUCUCCUUCCCGCCCCGCGACGAGUGGAACGACUUCAACUUCGACAUGGAUGCCCGCCGCAACAAACAGCAACGCAUCAAAGAGGAGGGGGAGUGA